CGUCUUGGAUUUCAAUUUCAAUCAGCGGGACUCUCCCUGAUCAUCGCUACAGUUCAACGUCACUCGCCUCCAUUUGUUCCACCGAAUUCCACCCAGCACCUCACUCCUCUUCAUCCCUGCGUUCCAUUUGGUGAGACUGGUUGUGUUGCUUCACCAGACCACCUCUUAUUCUGUUUCUCCAGCUUCUGAUUCUCCAGCCUCUGAUCAUCAAGCUCCUUCUUCACUCCGUCCGGUUGCCAAGAAACCGUAGCCGUCUAGAUCUCCACUGAAAAUGGGUUGGAUCGGCUCGUUGCUUUCGUAACAAGGCGAUCGUCCGGGCAUUCGUCUGUACAUUUGGACCCGCUGUUCCGUCAGCCCUACAUCCCCGUUAUCCGACGACGCGUUUCCGUCCCACUUACCCCCUGAGGCGCUCACACCAACUCGCUCCGCAUGCCGUGCGUCAACCCCCCUCACGCGCGGAAGCAGUACGCGAGCUUCUCAGCAGCAAUGCCGCUCCGCACGCCUCUCCCUCUAGACGACGUCGUCGACAGCUGGGGCAUCGAUGCGGUCCCACUGGACCCUCCUCGACCCAGAUCUGACGUCAGAAUUGACAGAUGGCCGGCUACACGACCAGCCGCCGUCGGGGAAACAGAUGAGAAGACGAUCCGUCAGGGAACCAGGGCCGGAGCUAAGUCUGGAAGUGGGUUGACUAGAAGAUGGAAGCCAGAGGUUGAGUUACGGAAGGCGAAGAACUGGGUUGCGGCUCAGAGCCAGGCGAUGGUCCAACGGGCCGGUGAAGCGUGGGGGAACGCGCAGAAGGAGUGCCGGGAGAACAUUGCCGGGGCGUGGAGCCGGCUCCAGGAGGAUGGCGGAUUGAAGACCGUCAAGCACAUCUUCGCCGGAGCUACGGCUUCCGUCGUCGCUAGAUCGGCGGUCGCUCCGCUGGAGCGUCUCAAACUCGAGUACAUGGUCUGCGGCGCGCAAGCUCACGUGCCGGAGCUAACGCGGCGGAUAUUCGCGCGCGAGGGGAUGAUGGGGUUCUGGCGGGGCAACGGCGUGAAUCUGCUGCGCAUCGUGCCGUUCAAGACCAUCAACUUCGUGAUGUACGACAUCUUCCGGCAAAAGAUCCUCGACUUCUCCAAGAAGAGCGACGUCAACAACGUCGAGCGGCUCUCCGCAGGAGCCGUCGCCGGCGUGAUUGCCACCUUCGCCUGCUUUCCGCUAGACACGGUGAGGACGAGGAUGAUCGCGCAGGGCGGCAUCGCCUGCACGGAUCUGGCCGGCUGCUUAACGGGGAUGAUCAAAUCGCAGGGCUUCUUCGGCUUAUAUCGAGGCAUCUGGCCCGCCGUCUACAGUAUCGCUCCCUCCUGCGCGAUUUUCUACGCCGCUUAUGAUUUCAUGAAAACCACGCACCUCCAGUCCCGGGACAAACCCAAGCUCCCUGUAGUAGACCAAAUCGCCUUCCUUCCUUCCGGGAAACUAGCCCUUCCUGGAGCCCCCUCGACCCCUUCCACACCCUCCACAUCAACUACGUCUCCAUCCGCCUCCCAAUCAGCCGGGGUAUCCACGCUGGUGAAAGCUGACGCGUCUCACACGACAGAUCUAUCUGCGGUAGAGGAAGGGGAGGUUCGGAAGGAGCUGGGCCCGAUGCGGACGCUGCUGUACGGGGCGAUAGCAGGGGUGGUGUCGGAGCUGGCUACUUAUCCUCUCGAGGUGGUUCGGCGGCAGAUGCAGAUGAGCGGUAUUGAGGGAUCCGUAGCGGUGGCGGGGCAGCAGGCGGGAGCCAUGAGGGUGCUUAAAGAGGUGGUGCAGAGAGGAGGCGUUUCGGCUCUCUACGCUGGCAUGGUGCCCGGCCUGCUUCAGGUGCUGCCAUCCGCCGCGCUGAGCUACUGGGUGUACGACUUCCUCAAGCUGCACCUCAAGGUCGACUAACUGCUCCUCGCUCGGUGGACAGGAAGUGGAGGGGAACGCAGGGGGUGCAGGGGGGCGCUGGGGGCGCAGGGGGGCAGCAGGUGCUGCGGGUGCGGCAGAGCUUAAGCAGGCAGGGAAGGCAAGCGGCAGAGGCACCUCUCCGGCAGCGGCAAUGGCGGGGCGUGGCAGAGGAGGGCAACGAUGCCCCUCCUGCUCUGUGCUACGCCGCUUGCUGCUGCCCUGCUCUCAUGGUCCCUCACUAGUGAAGCGGACAUGGGGCAAUGGGUGGGAACUCAGUCCCGUUUGUCCCCAGUGAGACCUUAGAAAUGGUAGCUGAGGGCAUCUGAAGGCUGAGGGGAUUCGCUGGGGCUCUAGUGAGGUGGGGAUGGGGGGAGGUGGGAGUGACAAGGGGUGACUAUGAAGGGAGACUAGGCAAUCGCUUGGGCCUUGUGGUAGGCCCGUGCUUUAGUGGGGUUUGAUAGUUGAGGAGCAAUCAUGGUUGAGGAGCAUUAUGGGCAGCAGGUCAGUACCGCAGCCAGCAGCUGUGGGGUUAUUUCCAAGGAGUUACAUCUUUCGGUGUGGGUGUCAAUCUCACCUUUGGCGGGCGCUGGUGGUGGUAGGGGUUGCUUGGAUGGAGUGGUGGGUUGGUGUUGCUGUUAGUGCCGCUGUCGCUGCUGCUGCUGCCGCCGCCGCCGCCGCUACUGCUGCCACUGCCGCUGCCGCUGCUGCUGCCGCUGCUGCUGCCGCUGCCACUGCCGCUGCCGUUGCUGCUGGUGCCGCUUGUGUUUUGGGGAGUGGGACAGUGGAAUAUGAGUGCAGCAUCAGCAGCGGUAUCUUCAGAAACUUGUGUUUUGUCAGCGCUGGAAGGGAAGGGGGGGAUCUGGGUUGUGCUGUUUGCACCACCUAACUUGGCAUGUUUAUCCAUCUUUGCAUGCUUACCCAAAAUUUGUUCCACUUCGCAGGCUAGGUCGUUGUCACACCUCCGUCUAUUCGAUAAUAAUUUAGAUUUCAAACCGUGUACAAUUGGAGCUUUCUUAACAGU